GUCCUGGCAGGGCCGCCAUUUUUGCAAAGGGAAAAGAGACUGGUUUGAGGGGAUCUAAUUUCUAAAAGUCGCCGAUGACUAGGGCACAGUUUUAACGGUUUCGAAUUGAUUUAUAGUGAAAUUUGGGUCACCUCGUAGAAUAAGAAGCAAAGAAUGUUUCCACAGGAAAGGACUCGUUAGAGGACACGUUUAAAUACCAACAUUGUAAAGCUUUGCUAGGGAUCCGCAGUGUGUGGACAGAAGUAUUGUUUUGGUUGUGGAAGCUGUGUGGAAAGCGACGGGGGUCUGACCCAGGUCCCCUUAUUCGCUAUUCAGAUCAUCCAGUGUGGACAUAAAACGGCCUUGUGGAUGCACUUAGAUGUCUGCAAUGACUGCUGUGGCUGGCAUGCCUCAGUGUUUUGGACUCCCAUUCUCUGGACUCAGUAGGACAAGAACUGAUCAGCAGAGAACGUCAUGAGCAUAGUCAUCCCAGUAGGGGUGGACACAGCAGACGCCUCAUAUCUGGACAUGGCUGCGGGCUCAGACAGACCAGAAUCGGUGGAGGCCAGCCCUGUGGUGGUGGAAAAGUCCAGCUACCCACACCAGAUCUACAGCAGCAGUUCUCACCAUUCCCACAGUUACAUUGGCCUGCCUUACGCUGAUCAUAACUAUGGGGCGCGGCCCCCACCCACUCCACCGGCCUCCCCGCCCCCCUCCAUGUUGAUCCGACAAGGAGAGGGGGGGUUGUUUGUUCCAGGGGGCCAGGACGAAGCAUCCAGGGGUACCACGCUCAGCACCUCGGAGGAUGGCAGCUACGGGGCUGACAUCACCCGCUGCAUCUGUGGCUUCACCCACGAUGACGGCUACAUGAUCUGCUGUGACAAGUGCAGUGCCUGGCAGCAUAUAGACUGCAUGGGCAUCGACAGGCAGAACAUUCCUGAGACCUACCUGUGUGAACGCUGCCAACCACGACACCUAGAUAGAGAGAGGGCCAUCCUGCUGCAGACCAGGAAACGAGAAUGUUUGUCUGAUGGGGACACCAGUGCUACAGAGAGUGGAGAUGAGGUGCCGCUAGAGCUCUACUCCACCUUCCAACACACGCCUACCACCAUCACCCUAACUACUGGGCGCCUUGGCAAUAAGCAGACUGAUAAAAAACGCAAAAAGAGUGGUGAUAAAGAGCCUCCAGCAUCCUCUGCCCGAGCUAAGAAGGCCUUCCGAGAGGGAUCCAGAAAAUCCUCCAGAGUGAAGGGUGCAGCUCCAGAGCAGGAGCCGACAGAUCACCUGUCCCUGUGGGAGAACAAGAUCAAGACGUGGAUGGAGCGCUAUGAGGAGGCCAGCAGCAAUCAGUACAGUGAGGACGUCCAGGUCCUGUUGCGUGUUAAAGAGCAAGGAGAUGGCAAGAGCCUGGCAUACAACACGCACCCCGCUUCUUUCAAACCGCCCGUGGAGAGCCAAGUUCAGAAGAACAAGAAGAUCCUCAAGGCGGUGCGAGACUUGGCCCCAGACUCCCUCAUCAUUGAGUACAGGGGAAAGUUCAUGCUUCGACAGCAGUUUGAAGCCAAUGGGUACUUCUUUAAGAGGCCAUACCCAUUUGUGUUAUUUUAUUCUAAAUUUGACGGACUGGAGAUGUGUGUGGACGCACGCAGCUUUGGCAACGAGGCCCGCUUCAUCCGUCGCUCCUGCACCCCUAAUUCUGAAGUGCGGCACGUCAUUGAGGAUGGCAUGCUGCAUUUAUACAUCUACUCAUUGAGGCCAAUCACCAAAGGCACAGAGAUCACCAUUGGUUUUGAUUAUGACUAUGGCAGCUGUAAAUACAAGGUGGACUGUGCCUGUGUGAAGGGGAACCAGGAGUGCCCGGUGCUCAAGCACAACCUAGAACCCACAGAGAACCUGGGCUCUGGGGGGCGGCGACGAGGGAGCCGCAAGGACAAGGAGACGGUCCGGGAGGACCUGGGCCAGAACCAGAACAUGGGUUUGGACGGCGAGGGGAAGAGCAAGAGCGUAGGCGACGGCAAACAGAGGAAACUCUCUCCUCUCCGCCUCUCCAUCUCAAACAACCAGGAUCCUGAGUUAUAUGAGGAUCUAGAAGACAAAAACUCCAUUAGCAAUGAAGUAGAGAUGGAGUCAGAGGAGCAGAUUGCAGAGAGGAGGAGGAAGAUGGCCAACCCAGCGGAGCAGUCCCAUCUCCCUGUCGGGGCGGCUUCCAGCUGGAAGGGACUGAUACACAAGGAGGUAAACUUUCAUAGCCAACCCUACUCCACCCAUCUACCAGCCUCCCCAUCCCCAAAUCUCCCAGAGACAAGAGAAGAAAGGAAGAUGGAGGCCAUCCUGCAAGCCUUUGCCCGAAUGGAGAAGAGGGAGAAACGUAGAGAGCAGGCCCUGGAAAGAAUCGGCAGCGUCAAGACAGACGGGGGCCGCAGUGACAUCAAGGACGAGCAUCCAGCCACACCAGAGAUGGUAGAUUCUCCAGUUGUCAUGCAGCCACUUCUGGAGGUGAAAGAGGAGCCGGGAUUAAAGCCGGCCAAGGUCAAAAGCUCAAGGAACAGGAAAAGUUUCUCAAGGAACCGCACGCACAUCGGCCAACAGCGCCGGCGAGCUCGCACCAUCAGCACCUGUUCUGACUUGGCCCCUGGCUCUCCGACUGAGUCUUUGGAGCCUCUGACCAAUGAAGCCCCUGAAGGAGAGACUCCCACUGCACCAGAGCCGGAGUCCAUCCCUGCCGAAGCACCAGACAGCAGCCCUCCGCACAGCAGCUCACCUGAACCUGACCGAAACCGCAAUGGGAGCAAGAACUUCAAAACUAAAAAGAUCUUCUUAAACUCUUUUCAACAGCACUUUGUGAGUGAGUGGGUGGGAGAGAAGCAGCAGGACAGUGGUGCAGUGCGAACCCCGGAGCCGGCCCCAGAGCGACCGCUGAGAAUAAGCAGUGACCCUGAAGUACUCGCCACACAGCUGAAUGCCCUACCAGGCAUGGCCUGCUCUCCACAGGUCUACAGCACGCCCAAACACUACGUCCGCUUCUCGUCCCCAUUCCUGGCAAACCGCAGCCCCUCCACUCCUGGAGUUCCCACUGGGAGAAGGCGUUCCAGAGAACUGCCAGAAACACCGCCAACCACUGGCUCCUGCAAGAAGCGAUGGUUGAAGCAAGCUCUAGAGGAGGAGGGCUCCACCAGCCCAGCCAGACGACCGAGCCUCCUCAUGCCCAGUGAGGGUCCUCUCAGCCCCCUCGUUAAUGGAGACUCUGACAGCCCUCUACCCUACAAUGGUACCUGCUCACUACCAGAGUUGCCCACACCUUUGAAAAAGCGGCGCUUGAGUCCGUUAGAUGCCUGUAUGUCCGAGAGCUCGACACCCUACGGCUCCCCUUGUGCCACGCCCACCAGGUCAGACCCAUUGGAGACACCCACAACACCCAUCUUACUGGCUACUCCUCCACGUCCCCGAACCGAGGAGCCAAGUACAGAGCCCCUGUUCAGCACCCCAACGCAGACACUUAAUGCCCUUCAGGAGAGUGAAUCUUCAGUGGAAAGCUCCCCAGAGGUCAGCCGGAAACCCAGUGUGCAAGAGGCCGAUCGCCCCCCUUCGUUGGUCUCCUCUCCCAGUGCCAGGGCUCCCAGUAUAGAUGGACUCCCGACAGAAGCCAAGGUGUCAGUUCCUGAGAGUCCACAGCCUCCAGCUGCUGAGUCUGUGGACUGUGGAGAGGACAGGGCAGACGGUGUGGUUGUAGAGGGCAGUGAGGCUUCCUCAUCUGCAGAAACCUGUGCUUCCUCUUUUCCUGGCUGGAUAAAAAGCCCAGACAGAGGCCCGACUGGACCAGCUGGCCUGAACUUCUCUCCAGUCAAUUCAAACUUAAGGGACCUCACCCCCUCACACACCCUGGAGCCUCUGGUAGCUCCCUUCAGGCCUGAGGCUGCAGCUGGGGCUGCAGCUGGGUCCACCGCAGGAACAGUGUCAUUGGUUGCCUCCCAGGCCCCCUUCAAUGAAGGCCAGGGGCAGCUCUUUUACCCCUGCUCUGAGGAGGGAAGCACACUUGCCUUCUCACGCUCACUGAAUGGGGAUGGCUCUGGCGAAGGAGGAGGGUCAGCGCAGAACCCCCCACAAAAGAAAAAGGUUUCCCUGCUAGAAUACAGGAAACGUCAGCGCGAAGCUCGUCGCAGCGGCUCCAAGACCGAGUGCAGCUCUCCUGUUUCCACCUUGCCACCUUUGACUGUGGACGCCUUCCCUGUUGCGCUAGAGACAACCAGUGAACCUCCUCUACCCCCUGCUCCCACUCCUCUCUGCAACACCAACACCACCACGGUAAAAGAGCCCCAGACAAGUGAGGAGGCAGAGGCGCCUGGAGAGAAAGGGGAGAAAGAAGGAGGGGAGGGACAGUGGACGUCGUCCACUUCUGUAGAGCAGGCCCGAGAACGCAGCUACCACAGAGCUCUGCUGCUCAGCAAAGACAAAGACACAGAUGGUGAGACAGAAGGUGGAGAUACACCUGCACUGAGAGAUUGCCCAUCUCCAAGUCUUCAAAAGACCCCAACCCACACACCCUGCUCCCCUGGUCCUCUUGCCCAGCCUCCCAGCCGGCCAGCGAAGGAGGAAGACGCUGACAGUCAGCCUCGGACGCCAAAUCCGACCAACCAGCCACCGAGCAAGCCUGCAGCACCCAAGCCGGCCCCUUUGACCCCCACAAAGCUGCAUCCCACCCCGUUACCCUCCUCCCCUGUCCACUACCCUGGACCCUCCCUCCUCCACUCUCCCAAACCUCAGCCCCAGGGCUCUCCCUACCGCAGCCAAAGGGCGCUGUUCUCUGCUCAGCCUCAAAACCAACCCCAGCAGCCCCAGGUUCAGACUGGCCCAGCUCCUUUCCCCCAGUAUAACACACAGGGUGCCCCACCACCACCUCCCCCUCCUCCACCAGCACCACCGGCCUCCACAGCAUAUUUUCCCAGCCAGAGCCCCUCACCUGCCGGACCUUUUCCUGGUUUUAAACCUGCUGUCACACCCCCUUAUCCUCCUGGUUCUCAGCCCUUGAUGCAGACUAUUCCCCACAGCAUGCACUAUCAGAGCUCAGCUGCUCCACCGCCGCCUCCUCCUCCGCCCCCACACCCGCUGCCCGGCCCCACCCUGCUGCACGUCAACCUGCAGCCUCCUCCCAUUCAGCAGCACCAGCUCAUGCUGACCACCGCCCCUCCUCCACCUCCUCCCCCACAGGGCCAGACCUCCCAGCAGCAGCAGCAGCAGCAGCAGUCCCCUGCUGGCAGCACCCUGCUGUCGCUCACCCCUCCUCCGCCUCCUCCUCCGCCUCCCCCCGCCCCCUCGACCAGCGCCACGAUGCAGCCCCACCAUUUUCAGAACUUAGGGGCUUUUCAGCCGGCGUUGUUGCACCCAGGUGCCGCCACUAACCCUUCGGGGGCUCCAUCGACGUACCCCCCACCCCUUCAGCAGACUGGACUGCCUCCACCUCCCCCUCCUCCCCAACAGACUCAACAAGGCCAGGCCGCUGCCUCCCAGAUGCCUUCUGGGACUCGUGGAGCUCCUGCGUCCUCGACCCCCUUCCACAGCUCGGGGUACCUGAGCACAGGGUGGCACUGACCGCCCUCUCUGCUGACAGCCCCCGGCAUCCCCUGAGAACUCGGCUCGAGAGGGGCUUGUAUCAUAAGCUGUAGAUAUGUUUUCUAUAUACCUGAACACAUGGCCAGUGGAAAAACAGCUGAUUGUGGGAUAAAUGGAUGCUUUUUAAAAAAAAAAAUCAAAAAAAAUAACAUGGACAGAAAAAUCUAGAAAAAAGGACUGUAAAAUGAUCUUCUAGACAAACUGUAUGAAUCUGAAGAUGGACAAUCUCCCCGGUGCUCAUAGCCCCUCUCUCUGGCCUCCGUUAGUUUUUAUAUAUCCUUCAUGUGAUGGAGCGGAAAGAUCUUGUUCUGUGUCUUGUUUGGACUCCCGUUGUAAGGCCCCGCACUUUUGUUUAUCAAUGGACAUUCCAGCCUAUAUGCCCCCCCCUUCCUUCCUCCCCCUCUUCCUUCUUUGUCACUUAUUCCUUUUACUUCCAAUUCUCUCGUCUGUUGUUGGCUCUCUACACCAUUUAUUUGUUUUAAUCUAGUGGCUCAUUAUAGCAAAGAUAAAGCUUUUUGUAUAGAGAAAAAAACACUUAUUUUUUUUAUUCCUCUGUCUAACAACAAAUAUCUGUUCACCGCUGCAGAUUCAGAAAAGACCCAUUUCUGGGAGCCUGCCUCACCACUUUGGGAGGUUGCACACACUGUGUGUGUGUGUGUGUGUGUGUGUGUGUGUGUGUGUGUGUGUGUGCCUGUGUGGGUGUGAAAGAGUAUGUCUGCUUAAAGGAGGAAAGUGUGUGUGCGAUUUCUUGUAAUGAGUGCUUGUAGUCUUCUGAGGUAGGCAAAGUGGUCUCGGCCACAGGUAGAACGUUAGCGGUUUAUUUUUGAAUAUCAAUGGUUAUUUGUAGAAAAUGUAAUUUAAUGUAUAGGUGGUUACUCCAGCUUUCACCAGGAACCGGUUGUAAAUAUUUGCUUCUUUUCUUUUCUAUGCUUGUACAAUUUGCUCCCAUCCAUUUUUGAAAUAUUGUUGUAAAUAUGAACGCUCUUCUUUGCAAAGCUGAAUGUUUCUGUGACUGUAGCAUUACUUUUAUUUUAUUUUUUUUUCCCCCCUCUCUGGACUUUUCAACUUUGUCUUUUUAUUAUUAUUUGUGUGCGUG